UUCCAGGGGAAAAAAAGGGUGGGGGUUUCGAAAGAUUUGAAGUUGGUGGGAAAAUAAAAGCAAAAAAAAAAAAAACAUGUCGACAGAAGGCGAAACACCUUCAAGAUCAUUGGAAGAAACACCGACAUGGGCCGUCGCGGUUGUUUGUUUUGUUUUGGUUGUCAUUUCGAUAAUCAUCGAACAUAUAAUCCACAUGAUAGGAAAGUGGUUGAAGAAGAAACAUAAACGAGCGCUUUAUGAUGCUCUGGAAAAGGUUAAGUCAGAGCUUAUGUUGCUGGGAUUUAUAUCGUUGCUCCUAACAGUAGGAUCAGGAACGAUAACAGGCAUAUGCAUAUCGGAGCGACUUGGAUCCACUUGGAAUCCAUGCCCUAAGAAUCAAGAAGAAAACUUGGAUGAGCCGGCUGAAGAUUCAUCGGAGAACGAACAUCGACGGAGACUUCUUAUGAUGUCUGAUUCCGGUCGAGUUUUCCGGCGGUCAUUGGCCGGAAGCUCAGAGGACAAAUGCGCUGAUCAGGGUAAAGUGCCGUUUAUUUCAUACGAUGCUAUUGACCAACUCCAUUACUUCAUCUUCGUGCUAGCCGUCGUCCACGUGAUUUACUGUGUUCUUACACUCGGAUUGGGCAGAGCUAAGAUGAGUAGGUGGAAGAGAUGGGAAAAGGAAACUCAAACUAUCGAAUACCAGUACACACAUGAUCCGGAACGAUUCAGAUUUGCAAGGGAAACAUCAUUUGGAAGGAGGCACAUGAGCUCUUGGACCAAAAUACCUAUUCUAAUGUGGAUUGUUUGUUUCUUUAGACAAUUCUUUCGGUCAGUUCUUAAAGUUGAUUAUUUAACCCUUCGACAUGGAUUCAUCAUGGCACACCUGCCUCCCCAAAGCCAAAACAAUUUUAAUUUUCAGAAAUACAUAAAGAGAUCAUUGGAAGAAGAUUUCAGUGUUGUUGUUGGCAUCAGUCCUCUGAUAUGGUUUUGUGCUGUACUCUUCCUACUCUUCAACCCCCACGGAUGGUACUCUUAUCUGUGGCUGCCAUUCAUCCCCUUGAUUGUGAUCCUGUUAGUGGGGACGAAGCUGCAGGUGAUAAUAACUAAAAUGGCUCUACGGAUUCAGGAGAGAGGAGAAGUGGUUCGAGGAGUGCCGGUCGUUGAACCGGGCGACGAUCUUUUCUGGUUCAACCGGCCCAAACUCCUCCUCCUUCUCAUCAACUUCGUUCUCUUUCAGAAUGCCUUUCAGCUCGCAUUCUUUGCAUAUACUUGGUAUGAAUUCGGGAUAAGUUCUUGCUUUCACGAUGACGUGGCAGAUCUAGUAAUCUCCAUUGCAAUGGGGGUUGUCGUUCAAAUUCUUUGCAGUUACGUCACCCUUCCCCUUUACGCCCUCGUUACCCAGAUGGGUUCACAUAUGAAACCAACCAUAUUUAACGAAAGAGUAGCCACGGCCCUAAAGAAUUGGCACCAAACGGCUAGGAAACACGUCAAGAGCAACAAGGGUUCAGUCACGGCCACCCCUUUUUCUAGCAUACCCAACACCCCAUCUCACCACGCAUCCCCGGCUCACCUCUUGAGGCAAUAUCGGAACGAAACGGACAGCAUCAAUGCUUCCCCAGGGAGAUUGAGUUUUGAUAUCGAGCAAUCGGAGACGGAUUCUCCGUCCGUCUCGUACCACAAUUAUGCCGAUGGUUCAUCGUCCCAUAAUCCUAACAUGGACCAAGUUCAAGGAGGUGACGACAGAGAUGUAAAAGAGCCGAGUUUUAGUGAAGAUCGCGAUUCCGUACACCAUACGAUCAACAUCGUGCCCAAAGAAUUUUCGUUUGAAAGAAGAACGAGUAUGUGA